AUGAUCAAUCCUCUUGGUGGAACAAUAGCUGAUUACUCGGAGACAGCAAUUCCGUAUCCUCAUAGAGUUGGGGUGUUGUACCAGGUGCUCAAGACUGUUAGUUUUUUCGACCAAUCUUCAGAUACAACCCCUAUAUCACUCAGCCGGAUAGCUUGGCUGGAAAGCUUGGAGAAGUUAUUAACGCCUUAUGUGUCAAGUAACCCGAGGGAGGCUUAUGCUAACUAUGUGGAUCUGGAUUUGGGUGUUGGAAAUGAUAAUUAUGAAGAAGCUAGUGUUUGGGGUGAGAGGUACUGGAAAAGGAACAAUUUCAAGAAGUUGAUCCAAAUCAAGGCCAAAGUUGAUCCGAAGAAUUUCUUUAGGCGCCCACAAGGUAUACCAGUUUUCUAA